UCAGAAACAAAGGUGAGGUUUCCUUUCUUAUUAAAGCAUCACUUACAGUGACCAAAGAUUUUCAGCAUCAGAAAGGACAUCUGUUCCCAGCAACGAAAGAGUUAAUCUGAGGAAUUUAGUGAACACUGAUUCUGUCUGUCUUGCUGUCCCUGGCUCAUACAGUAAGAUCUCCUUUCUCAGAAGUAGAGGGUCCAGACCGACAACACCUUCUCUUUUUGUGAUCUACAAUUUACCAAAGCCACACAAUGAGAUGCACUUGCACACUUCCCUUGCUUUAUACUCUGUGCUUUCUAGGUUCAUCAAUACAAGGCUCUCAUGUAUCACAGAGCAAAGACUUGUACGUUCAUCCUACAGAAGAAGUCAGUCUACUCUCACAGAGUCUUCUCCAGAUUGGGACAGGAUUAAAGAGAGAGAUUAACCAUACAAAAGUGCAAAUCAACAGCAUUCUCCUGCAACUGAAUCAUUUUAACACAUCUCUGGCAUUACUGUCUAGGCAAAUAACCCAAGCUAGUAAACUUGGAGAAGAGCUUGACACAAAGACAAGAAGCUCUGAAGAUUAUGAUAAGAUAUAUGAGGCUCUCACUGCCAUAUAUGAAGAGCUUUUUAAGAUGCAGGCAGAAGGAGCAUCUCUAGAUAACAAGAUCAGACCUCUGGAAAGAAGGAUACAGACAGCUCUUGACAAAAGAGAUGAGCUUUCCUUGACACAGUUAUCCAUUGAAAGACAAAAUAUAAAAAUCGAUGCUCUUCAGGAAAUAGUGGACAGUCAUCAAGACCACAUCAAUGCUCAAGAAGAAAAAAUUCAACGAUUGCUGAAGAAGACCACCUCAAGAAACCUGAAGGACAAAAAAAGACGCAAUCUAGGUGCCCCGGAGAAAAGUAAAGCUUGAAAAAACAAGAUUUAUGCAUAAAUCUGAAAAAAGAACAUCACUUCAUUGACCUGAAACGAAAUAUAAAUUUUCUUUAUGGUUGGACUAUAUGUAAUUCCUGAAGAACUGAGGUGCAAUUUAUUUUUGUAGGACUAGCACUGAAAAUACAAAUCUUCCCAGUAUCACCGAGUACAUAAAACAGCAAUGCCCAAUCUACUGUGCAUUAAACCAACAAUCAGUGGA